AUGUUUGGUAAAUCGUUCGUUGGCCUCGCGUUACUUUCGCUCGUAUCGACUGCGCUCGCGAGCCCGCUCGUCGAGCUUGAAGAACGUGCGGCGUGCAAGAAGAAGAGCUAUGGAGCAUUCAAGUUGUACGCAGCACCUGUCGGCCAGCCGGCAUCGGAGUGGCAGCAGGUCAAACUCAUCGACUUGUACACGCCGCGACCGCUCAACGAUACCAUUUCCGCAUUGAGCGUGUGCCCCGACGCGUCUUGCGGUCGUGCUCCAGCGUAUUGGGUGCUCAAGGAUCAAAUCUUGGAAGCAGUGUUUACGGAUGCGCAAGAGGGAUGGCGGACGGUGAACAAGGCACUGGUCAAGGAUGAUACAGUCAAGUUUGUGACGAGCGAUGCUGCGUCGAUUGCGAAACAAUUGGCACCGGUCUACUGCGCGACGCGGAAUCCAAAGACGUCGAGCGGACUUCCAGGAUACCUUUCCGCGAAUGGGAGCGCCGAGUAUUUCUCAAUGUGCACCAACUUUCCGACGGUUGGGACACCUGAGCGGGCAGAUAUCUACUACAAGGCUGUGACACCGUCGACUGGAGGAGAAUUGGAAAGGUAUUGCACCAAGGUGCAUCUAGUCAUGCAAGGGAUUGGCAUUGUGCCAGAGCCUAUCCCGGCGUAG